AUGAAUAUAAAUGAUGUUCCACAUCAUGUUUUAUAUAAUAUAUGUAAAUAUUUAUCUUUCGUCGAUGUCAUUAAUUUAUCAAAAACAUGCAAAAAAUUCUAUAUGUUAAUUGAAAAUAAUGAUUAUUUUUGGAUGAUGUUAAUUCAAAAUCAUUUUGGAUCGAGAUUAUAUCAUCGUUAUUUUAAUGAAAUAUUUCAAAACAAGAAAAAUUCUGCUUAUGAUUUAUAUCGAACAGAAGAAGAUAUACAAAAGUUUCAAAAAUGUUUUCGACGACAUUUAGAGUGGGAAAUGUGUAAUAUUUGGUUAUGGAAUGUAUUAAAUGGUAAAGAUAAUAGUGAUGGUUAUAUAGCUUAUAAAAGUAUAAUUAGACAAAAACGACGUCCACGUACAAAUACAUUAAAAAUGUCUUUAACAAUUGAAGAAUUCUAUGAAUCUUAUUUGAAUAGAAAUAAAUAUUUAAAUGAUGAAAAUAUUCGACAAAUAUCAAUGUGUAAAUUAAUUUAUUAUUAUUUUAUUGAAGCUAAACGUUUAUUAGGUGUUGAUUUGUCUGGCAUAGAUCUUCGUUGUACACCAUGUCAUAGAUCCUGUCCCGUGCGAAAAUAUCUAAAGCAGGAAUAUUUAAAUCAUGAAUAUGAUCCAAAUAGUUCAGCAGGUCGAUGUGUCCGUUUAUAUACAACUCGAUGGAUGGAUUUAAGUGGUAUAAAAGGUAAAUUUAAAUCAAUAUUACCUGGAAUCUAUGAAAUUGUAUGUCGUAUUAAACUGGAUAAGCACAAUAACUAUUUAGCAUACUAUAAUGAAUGUUGUAGUGAAUUUCAGGAAGCGGAAAAAGAAAUAGAAUGUUAUUUUUAUGCUUUAGCUGAUCAUGGUCUUGAUUGCGAAUGUAAUCGAGAAAAAAUGAAUUUUGAUUGGUUUGAAUCAAACUAUUUAUUAUAUGGAAAUACUAAUUGGUUUAAUGAAACAAUGGGUAAAAUCAAAGUAUUCGAAUUAUCGGAUAUUUAUUUUGGCUUUCGAAUUAGAUUUGGUUACGGUUAUCGCAAUAUUUUAUUUGACUAUAUACAAUUAAAUAUUAUUGAAUAA